CCUACAAUACCGACUCUAUCUACACAUGAAGCCAGGUUGAUGCAACACUUCAUCGAGCAUUUAGCUCCAAGCAUCGAUGUAGUUUGCUCAUCACAGGUUUUUGGCCGGCUAGUCCCUCGCAUGGCAUUCUUAUCGCCUAUCCUAUUGACCUCGAUUUUUGCCGUUGCAUCCAAACAUAUAUCUAAGACGAUCGAAACGACUGAGCCGGCACCCGAGAUUUACUUCCAGGAGACACUGGACCACUUGAUACCAGUAUUGAACGAGCCUGAUGCGCUAAUCGAAGAUUACAUACUAGCUGCUGUGGUGAUUCUCAGAGUCAUGGAAGAGAUGGACAUCUCUCUAUCCGGCCACGAUCAACAAAGUCACCUGCCGGCGAUACACGCACUCAUCAGCGCACAGGAAAGGAUUGCUACACAGGGUGGCCUGCGGCAAGCAGCUUGGUGGGUUGGCUUUCGUCAAGAGAUGGUCGUGGCUUUCAUCAACCAGAGACCAAUAGUACCUGUUCUGGAACAUUGCAACUUGGAUCGUUCUUUCUGCACGGCUGAUGACGAUACAUGGACCAACAGAAUGAUUGUUCACUGUGCAGAUGUCAUCAAUCACUGUUUCCAGAACGGCUCGCUCGACCAAAAGACCUAUCAAGCCCUUCACGACUACGGAGAAGCAUGGAUGACUCACAAGCCUCAGUCUUUCAGUCCCAUUUUUCAGUCUCAGCCAUCCGGCGAGCAAGGAGACUUGUUCACGAAGACUUGGUACGCUGGUGACACAAUUGCAAAAGGCAUCCAGCAUUAUCAUCUGUCAAAAAUCCUUCUUGUCGCCCAUGACCCAGAUAUACCUCGACUAGGCCUGCACAGGAAGGCCUUCGAGCAGGCUAAUGAACUAAGGUCUCAUGCGAGGACUCUUUGCGGCAUAGCGCAGGGUGGUUGUAAAACAGCAGCCAUAUGGGUCACCACAUGCAUGGGUAUAUCAUGGUGCGGAGAUCGAUUCGUCUCUCGUAUAGAGCAAGAAGAGCUGCUUGAGAUCCUCAGAUACACCGAAAGAGUCCACGCUCGCCAUACCCUAUCCACGCAGAAGAAUCUCAAAGAGGCUUGGGACUGGCCUGCAGCUACCUAA